ACCAAGAACCUAGAAAUUCCAUCAACUGUCCUCUCUGGCUCCCACUUCCAAUCAUAGUGUUCGAAAGCUAUGUUUGUGUUACCUUAAAAACCCUCUUAAAACCUCAAAACACCGAACUCCUCAUUCAAAAGCUACUUCACUCACUAGCUUCCCCCUUCUCUCAUUCUUAACAUGUCUAUGCCACACAGAUCCUUUGAACCCAACUUUCUUCUUGUUCUUGUUCUUCUUCUCGUUGUUCCUUUCUCAGUUAUUGGUUCAUAUUCUUCUAUUCAUGAGCUUCUCCGCAGUCAUGGUCUACCAGCAGGGCUGUUCCCAGAGAGUGUAAAGUCAUACAAUUUGGACCAAAGUGGUCAUCUACAGGUGAAUCUGGAUGGUCCUUGCAUGGCCAAGUAUGAAACAAGAGUGUUGUUUGAAACUGUGGUUCGAGCUAACCUUAGCUUUGGUCAGCUUAAGGGGUUGGAAGGUCUGUCUCAGGAAGAGCUUUUCCUAUGGUUACCUGUGAAAGAUAUCAUUGUGAAUGAUCCAUCAUCAGGUCUUAUUCUCAUUGAUAUUGGUCUUGCCCAUAAACAGCUCUCUCUGUCUCUCUUUGAAGAUCCCCCAGUUUGUAGAUCCCAAGGUCUUUCGCUAAAUAUGGGGGGAAGGAAGAGCAUUGGAUUUCAAGAUCAGAGAUGAAAGAUUGUUUGUUUAUCUGAAAAAGAUGGUUUCUUCUUUUCUCUUUCCAAUUUUGUUUUCUUUUGUCCUUUAUCUUUUUCCUUUAAAAAUAAUUAUAUGAUGUAAUGUGGAUAGAUCCUGUGAGGCUUGUGAUUAAAUUAGAGAUCAGUUGAGGGAAAAAAAAAAACAAGAAACUGAUAGCGGUGUUUAUUGUAAAAAAUCUUUGCGCAAUUUUGUUUGCCGCUUUUUUCUAAUGUUUAAGGAAAGUUAUUUCAUGUCAUAUCAUUUCUUUCUUUUCUUUUUACUUUACUAAGAGAGAAGUUAUU